GACAUAUCAAAUAUGCCAAUAAACGACGAAAGAGAAAGGAACACUAAUUCACCGGAGCAUUCGAGUCAACAUUCUGUCGAAAGUCGCCAUCCGCGGAUGAGUACAGCCUCAAGUCUAUCAUCUACGAACGAAAAAGAAGAAGAGCAAGAUGGGCACCGACUAAGCAACCGCGAUAUCCAACGAUCCAUAACGCGCAGUCGUUCCCGACAGCAAUACGCAACGAUUGUAAAUGGCGCCUCAACAGGCCUCUCUCAUCCUCUCAGUCGGACGCUCUCGCGUCGCGAGUCAACUCUCAGCCGUGUCCGCUCACGACCACCAGUUCCGCCAUUCACGCAUCCACUAGUGCACCAACCCACGACGGAAGACGUUCUUGUGGAUUUCGAUAACCCUGAGGAUUCGUAUAGACCUAUUAACUGGCCGACUCGCAAAAAGGCUACCACCACACUCCUGUAUGGCCUCUGUACCAUGUCCGCCACCUGGGCUUCAUCCGCCUACAGUGCAGGAACUCAGCAGAUAGCACGAGAAUUCCAUGUCGGGACGCAAGUAGCAACCCUUGGAACGACAUUGUUUCUUUUCGGGUUCGGCGUGGGGCCUUUAUUGUGGGCACCUCUUUCAGAAGUAUACGGAAGAAGAAUGGCAGUGCUUAUACCCUUAGCUAUAGCUGUGUGCUUCUCAUUUGGCAGCGCUACGGCAAAAGACUUCCAAACUCUGAUGCUUACGCGAUUCUUCGGAGCUUUCUUCGCAAGCGCACCAGUCACCAACACUGGAGGUGUCUUAGGCGACUUGUACGACGCAAGUUAUCGUGGAAUCGCCAUGGCGGGAUACGCAAUGGCUGUAGUGGGAGGCCCAUGUCUAGGUCCCAUAGUCUCGGCAGCCUUCGUUCAAGACCCUUCUCUUGGCUGGCGCUGGACAGAAUACUUCACGGGCAUCUUGCAAGCCAUUGUUGUUGUCCUCGCAGUAAUCUUCGUCGACGAAUCCUACCCUCCCAAACUCCUCGUUUAUAAAGCGCGCCGUCUGCGACAUGAAUCUAAUAACUGGGCCUUGCACACGAAGUUCGAGGAAUGGGAUGUUUCGAUUCAGGAGCUGAUCCACAAGUUCUUACUCCGACCCGUUCAACUGCUCUUUACGCCCAUAUGCUUUCUCGUCGCGCUAUACGCUAGUUUCUGCUACGGGAUUCUGUAUAUGCAACUUGGCGCUAUCCCCAUCAUCUUCGGUGAGAACCGUGGAUGGUCACCGAUCGUCGCAACCCUCCCUUUCCUUGCCCUCUUCAUAGGAGCAAUCAUCGGCUGUAGCGCAAACAUCUACAAUCAGCUCCGCUAUAACGUCGCAUACCGCGCUGCAGGCAACCGCCCUGUUCCAGAAAUGCGCUUACCGCCUAUGAUGAUCGGAUCAGUACUUUUCAGUGGUGGACAGUUCCUCACAGGUUGGACGGCUCAGCCAAGUAUCCACUGGAUCGCGCCGUGUAUAGGUAUUGCGAUGUUGGGAAUUGGGUUCUUCAUGAUUUUCCAGGCUGCGCUGAAUUACCUUGUUGAUACGUUUACCUUGUAUGCGGCGUCGGCGGUGGCGGCAAAUACCUUUUUACGCAGUUGUUUCGCAGGCGCGUUCCCGCUUGUUGUUGGGCCUUUGUAUCAUAAUAUUGGGGUUGGGCCUGGGAGCAGUAUUACGGGUGGCUUUGCCGCGCUGUUGAUACCGGUUCCAUUUGUUUUUUAUGUGUUUGGAAAGAGGAUUAGGAGUAGUAGUAAGUGGAGUCGAGCGAGUGUGUACGAUUAA